AUGCGGAAUGAUCGUCAGGAGGAACUAAAGGCCGGUGCCCACACUUUCGGCACCGAGGGACACAAUAACAAGAGCCAUCGAGACUAUGGCACAUCCUGCUAUGCUGCAAAGACGUCUCAGAAGCUAUCGAGCGCAUCGCUGCGGAUUAGGCGUCGGAAUUUCACACAGGCUCACAGCAACGGUGCGCAGCGGGAUAAUGAAAAAAAAGACCGGCUUACGCUCAAUGAAAGAUCUAUGGUGUCAUCCCUCCUCAUGGCACAUCGGCCACGCGACGCUCUGGCCAAGAGCAAACGUAAGGCACUUAGAGAACUCAGAGCCGACAGUGAGCUCGUUAUCGUACCGACGGAAAAGGAGCGGCCUACCGUCAUCUUUGACAUGACAGACUACAUUCAGAAAGCUCAAACGUUCCUAGACAGUCCUUAG